CGUUGAUCGCGCACGGGCCGCUGUGCCGGCGAUUGAAGGACGUCGAAGGGGAUCAUGUAGAAGGUCGUGUUGGCUGUGCUAGUAGUAGCGCGGCGGAACUUCGACGAGAAUUGAUGUUGGCAAACACAUCUUGUUCAAGAGGCGUCGACAGCACGAAAAAUCCCGAGUUGUUGUAUCCACCGACGUUGCUGGAGGGGAGGGAAGGUGAUGAUACUACCAGUCGGGGGCCGAACAACAAGCAGGCAGAUGGUACGACGAGAGAGGAACUAUCACGGACAUUACUAGGUAAGAAUCAUGCUUCUUCAUCUUGUUCGCCUAUUUUUCCGCACUGGACGCUGGGAAAUAAACAAAUCGUGCAGCAGAGAGCACACGACACGGCGACAAAUUUGACUCAACCAGCAGUCGAAGAUGAACACAAGAACUUCGACCCCGUCUCCUUGUUCGCGAUGGUGACCAGCCCGGAAAUAUCAAAUGUAAAACUGUCUGCGUCUGGUUCUGGAAGAUAUAAACUUGUAAUGCUGUCUCUGUACGAGCAUGAUUGCGUGACCAGCAAAUAAAGGACUCCAGUUUGUGCUACGUGGAGAGGGCGUUUCUCAUGCGAUAGAGGCAUCACAAAGGCCUCGAAAAAUCUCUCAUGCUAGAGCAUGCAUCACAGACAUCACGAGCCUUCCAAAAUAUGCAUCACAAACCUGGCAAGCUUCCAGACCCAGACAUUUUUACAUUUGAUAGGAGAAUACCGUGACCAUCUGGUCUUCCUCUGCGCGGCAGCCACUCAUGGUGUUCGACGACGCGCUACCGCGCGAGGCGGGGAUUGUUUUCGACAUAGUGCUCCCCCGCGACGGCCAGACGCUGCUUUUGUGCACGAACACGGGGGGCUUUUUCUUCAUCCGAAGCAGUUGUCCCUGGCUGGACAGGGCGAGCAGGAUGAACGUGGAAUUUUUCGAAAAGAAGGCAAGGGAAAGGAUAGCUUGGGAUGUGAUGAAUGGUGCAAAAGGAACAAAUGCAGUUUUACGAGCAGGCGACAGUGAAAAUGUGCGGGAUCAUUGUGAUGAUUUCAAAGCCACCGGAGCUGAUGUGUCCUGUUUGGACCACGAGAAAAACCAAGACCACCGAGCAGCUGCAGGAGACUUGUUCGAGAAUAACAACAUCGAGAAAGUAGUCCGGAAUUUGCGAAAGCAACAGCUCACGGAAGGGGAAAUCCUGGAUUCCUUGGCGCGGAGCAGAACGUUGUCGGAUGUGGUGGCAAUGGAGGCACCGGAGGAAGUGGAAGCGAUUUUUGGAGGUAGGUCAACAGCUGCCAUUGGUUAUGCGGGAAGAAUUUCAAGAACUUCAACAGCAGCUGCGGCCUUCACUGAAGUAGAUGACGAGAAGAUCCUCGUUGAUAAAACAACCGAGGAUUCGACGACGUUUGACCCCAGGGAGUUCUGCGUUCACCAUGGCGCCGGCGAUGAAGUCUGUCCUGGCAUAAUGAACAGACUUUGUCAAAAGCAAAACAACCCAUACAAAAACGAGGAUGAGGAGAAGGUGUUAACAUCUGCAGAGGUAGACCAACACCUCCACGCCGGAAAUUCCUUGGUUUUCUCCUUGGACGAAGCGUUGCAGGGACUACUACUUCGUACACAAGGACAAGAACAUCUUCACGAUGCAGCAUUACAAAGACACAACGAGGAUGUGGAGGAUCAGACCGCUGAAAUAACCUCGAUGCGCUCGUGUUCAACAAACGUUGAGCUUUUGUCCACUGUUUUUGAAGAACUUGCGGCGGCCUUCGGGUCGUUUGAAGCAGAAGAUGACACACAGGAGUUGAUAGGCCUCUUAUUAUCAACCCUGGGACCUGGAUCUGGAUCUGGUGGAGAGGCCGCAUCGCACGAAAGUGUUGACGCGCGGCUGGGCGCAGCAGAGCAGGGUAUGAUUGCUACGAAAAGACCAUCAAGUAAGAAAACAAUUACAUCAAAAACUGCGGAAGAUCUCCAGGACGAAAUGUUCCAGCAGACGUGUCGGAAAUUAUUUCCGUCGACGUUCAGGAGUAGCUCGUGCGGACAGGAGGACGAAGCGGUAGCGGAUUCAAUUUGUCCUAGUACAACUUCUAUCAGAAAAAAGCUCGACUAUAUCCGCCCAAUCACUCUCGUAGGGCCAACCGGAUUGGAGAUUGACUACGAUGUCGCGUCUUUCACCGACUGUGGUUCGGAAAAUCUUCUCGAUCCAGCACGGCGAAUCGAUUCGAACGGCGGAAAGAAAACAAAUCAUGACGGUGACCGAAGAACCGCGGCAUACAACUGUGGAAGAGCUGAUUUGAACCAGGUAACGCACCUACCGGAUCAGCUUCUCGACCUCGCGGUUGCUAAAGUGAGCCCAAUCGCAGAGCAUUUGCUUGAGGAAGUAGAUGAUCCGCAUCAGCUUUCGAGCCAAGAACGCGCUGCCGUGACAAUUGAGGACGGGGUCCGACUGCUGCAGACAUUGGAGUACUUUUGCUUGGAAAAUCUAGAUCAUUUUGAUGAUCUUCUUGAAGAAGGCCAGGAACAAGACGAUGUGGACCUCAAUGUCGAUUGUCGUGCGGAAAGACCAAACCUUCAAGCUUACCGUGCUGAAAUAGCAGCGGACCUGGCGAGCGGGGUUGACGAACUGAUGAAAGCGACAUCAAAUACCGACGUAGCAGGACAUCAAAUCCAAUUAAGAGAAUGGGGCAGAUUUGGGUCACUGUCUCUCCCUCUCAUGGAAGAAAUUCACAGAUUAGAAGCGCUAGAAAAUAACGGCAGAAACGCGAGAAACUUUAUCAGGAGCAAGAGCUCCAUGAUCUGCGACCGGGUCGUUGAUGCGCAUGACGUGGAGGCUACAGACGAGACGAAAACAGGGGAGAUGAAACCGUGGAGGGAAAUAAAAUCUGAAACUGAAUCGUGGGCGACUAGAUCUAGAAGAAGUUUUCUACCCAGUUCCACUUUUGGCAUUGCGGCCGAAAAACCAGUUGGAGAGGAGUUUAUGGAGAUUCCGGGGCGAAACGUCGUGCAGGUGUGGCUAGAAAACGUGACCGCGAAACAGCAGGACGGCCCGUUGAACACGCUUGUGGUGCAGGAGGGGCGGUUUCUCUCCUACUUCGAACACGGCUUGACGAUUGUGCCCAGCGUGGUACUCCCCGUGCCCGUGGAGUCCGCAAAUUUAACCAAAAGUGCACCCUACGUACUCGCGUCGGCAUGCCCGGAGGUAAGUGUUUUGUUUUGUGGUCGUCGCACAGUGCAAGCGGAGUAUUUCGGAAUAAGGCUAGAAAAGUACGAAUGUAGCUACGAGACGCAGAAGAUGCAGAUCUCAAUGAAAUCUGUUUCGAUUUUCUUUUCAAUUUACUACUUGCGACCAGGUCCUCCAGGUAGCAGCAUGUGGCCCAGCAGCGGGAUCUAAUGCAUCAGAAGCCAACCCCCGACCUGGCCGCCUCGUGUUGUUGAACUCCUCUUCCUUCAGCCUUGAAAAGAUUACGCCGCCACUUCCGGUAACGCCCAACAAGGUGGUGGUCGCACCCUCUGGUUUGAUAACCGCGAUCAAACUCACGACAGCUCCCAAUCACAAUACAACCUCUAGCGAAGAUCAAGACCAGGCCGAUGAUCUUCCUUUUGAGCAAACGACCCACGCCGAGGUCUGGUUUUGCAACCCAAAGGUGGAUUCUUGGAUUCGGGCCUCACCGGUACAGGAACACCAGCUAGUAUUCGCGGAUCCACCGGGGUUUGAGGUGUUCAAGGCGCGUGCGGAGGUGGGGUUUUCGGGUCUUCCGGUUGCAAACGCGGCGAGUGCUGUGGAUGAGAAAUACGGGCUGGGCUUGUUCGGAAUGGCAGCGAAAGUUGGUUGUACUACUAUAAUGCGCCCUACUUCUGUCAAGACGUUGUACAACGAAAGUUCGUCCCUUUUGACAAUACGGAGCACCCGGUUUUUCGCGCGAAAUGCUUUCCUUUCCCUGGAAGACCGCACCUUUGCCGCGACGCAGGAGUUAACCCGGCGCUUUCUCGUGGCCUCUUACACGAGAGACCUCGUCCGAAUAGCACCGUUGGCGAGGGCCAUGGCGACGUUGCGGUGUGCGGGGAAGGGUGAGAGUUGCGGACUCGUGAUGGAUCGGUUUUUUCUGCCAUAUUUCAUCCGCUCGUCCUCCCGUCGUGAUAGUGACGUUCAUCGUGGAAAAGGCCUAUCAACUACGAGGACAUCACACCUAAAGCAACCACUUCUCACCUCGGAAACGAAGAUCCCGUGCCCAAAAUCACGCGACACCAAGGCCAGCAAGAUUUUCGACCUCAUCACGCGCCACGGCUCAGAAAGUGGGUUUGUUUUACCGCAAGGAUUAUCGGAUAAAAUUGUAUCACUAGCACGAAACCGGAAUGAAGCACGAGAACAUCCUCGAAACGUUGAGAACGAGCCCACCAAGAAUCUUCCCGUAAGUCUGGAAGAAAGGCUCCUGAUUCUUCACGCGGAGCAGGUGCGGCUGGGGACUUGGGCGAAAGUCGCGAGCAGGGACAGAAAUUUCAUCGAUUUAUGUUCUCGGCCUGUUUCUUCUACCAAGCGCAAGCCGGCGGUUUCUGAUAUCGUAUGCGACCAGACGGCUAGGUGGCUGCGGAGCUCGUUUCUUCGUCUGGUUGAUUUGGGAAUUGAAAGGGUGGAAGUUCCACGAGAAGGAGAAAUAAAGGCACCAGAUCCGGACAUCGUACUUCUACCGGGUGGACGAGGUGGCACUACUCUAGAAGACCAUCGUAAGAACACAGAGAAAGGGAAAGCAUCUGCUGCCCCGCCGCUGCCUUUUGUAAAGCCAGAUUAUGAAGACCCUGUGGUUGUGAAAACUGAGAAGUCCCGCCGGAACAGCAUUCGGAGUCACGAUCCGCGUACUAGCGAAGAAGAAACAAAGCGCGUUGAAAACACAACUAGCAAGAAAGAGGUUAUCGAGUUGAUCAGCGACAGCGAAAAAUCGGCGCAGGAGAACGGGAACGGCGCAGAAGAAGUGGUGAACUUGGUCAGCGAGAGCGAGUCGAACAAGGAGUCUGCUGCAGGAGCCGUAGUUUCAGCACCCUCUACCUCACAGAAGCCCGUGACGGGGCCGCGGCCUGGUACAACGGCAGUCGGAGCUGUGGUGAGAGCAGAGAAGAAAGAAGCUGACAGCACGACGAAGACCGAAAAAGAAGAGCAAGUAGUACAACAGGGACCGGACGAUCAUGGUCCCGGUGGGAGUCAGAAGGAGACGCCGGGAAGUUGUGGGAAGGCCAAGAAAAAGGCCAGGCGCUCCUGAACAUACUGCUGGAAGAGCAAGCCAGUAGAAGCAGAGCGCUCCACCUCAUCUGCUUUCUUCUACACUGCUCGAGGAAAUGGACAUAGACACAAAUGAAUUGAAUUCAGAAUGAGUCUGCUCAGGGCUAAUCUACUUUGAGAAAAAGAGCGAGACUAGUUCGACCUAUUGCCGCCUGUUGCUGCGGCGUGUGCAAUAUAAAUUGGAAUCAGUCAACUACAAC